AUGUCAUCCUUAUUGUCUUCCCUCUUUGACGCGACACCGAGACCCGGCCUGCAGCCUGUUCCGAACACAAAACCCUUGACGUUCGAGGCUGCCGUCCUUCCUCCGAUAAUCUAUUUCCUUGCCCUGCUAUUUUUACCGCCUCCUCCGCCGCAGUCCAUUGAUACUGUUGCGAUCAAGUUACUUCGGAAUGCCCUGGCGUUGCUAGCCGGAGUCUUGUUCUUCCGGCUGCCAUUAGCUUACUACGUUCCUCAAAGCAUCGGACUUAAUUACCAGCUCGCUCUUGUCGGUCUCUAUGGUGGAUGCAGAGUUCUAGAUGCAUUCUUCAUCAGUCCCUAUGGCUUUGGGCACAUACCUCGUCGUGUUCGCUACAAGCACAUCUCUCGAGCACAUACACCUGCAGUAGUCGAGGCCGAUAACGAGCCUCAGGACCAAGCCAAAGAUGCAGCUAAAGCUAAAAGCGAUGAGCAAAGUGUUCCUGAAGCUGUCUCCGAUGCUGCCACUCAUGCUCGUCGUGGAUCACUGGCUGACUCAUAUUACGUGCUCGAGAAAAAGCUUUCCAACCUCAGCGAAAUGAAGCCUGUUUACGAACUAGCGACAAGCGAAGAAGGUUGGCCGCACAAUUUCUUGGAUCGCGCUUCCUGGGCUCUUGAGCUCGAAACCAGCAUGCGCGGUAUUGGUUUUACCUGGACAACAGCUGACGUGCGACACUCUCGUAAGACUUGGCUACCAACUGCUACCAAUCGUUUUCAUUCAAUUUUCUUUCAUGUUGGCCCUGUCUUGGUUGUCUGCUUUGCCAUCAUCAGGACCACCUAUGUUAACUAUUUCGAGGGAGUGCCGCAAGCUGAGUUUGGCGUUCAUACGGAGAACUUGUUUGACAACCGCCUACCUUUAUGGCUGCAACUCAUCCUGACUGCAGCUCUUGGUGCCUUCCUUAUGGCUGCGUUUUCUGUGGCGCACUCCAUGGCUGCCAUAUUGAUGAGUCCCUUGGCGCCUUCACCACUUGCGUACUUCCCUCCUCUAUACAGCACUCGCAUCUGGGAUAUCAAGUCUGUGCGAGGUUUCUGGUCCUAUGGCUGGCAUAGGCUCUUUGCUCGGUUGUUCUUGGUAUACGGUGUAUGGCCUGGAGAGUGGCUCGAGAGGAAGCUCACGGGCAAACGAAGCCAUGAACCAGCGGAUAUUGGCAAAGUACUUGGCGGCUUCAUCUCCUCUGCCUUUGUCCAUUCAUUUGCGGUCAGAUCGGUGCUUGGUGGUGAAUGGAGUCGUGCUCUUGGAGAAGCCAAGUUCUUCGCUGCCAACGGCUUUGCUGUUGUGGUCGAAGAAGCUUUCCGAAGACAAGUCAUGGCUUGGAGGAAGAAGAGAGAUUUACCUUUGGAGAUGUGGUAUGACUCUUAUGUUGGGCGUAUCUGGUGGAUUACCGUUCUGUUGUUCAGUGGCAGAAACUUUGCACGCGGUUGGGUGAAUGCUGGUCUGGUCAGAGAGAUGGCUGGCAAGUAG